GUUUUAUGGCGUGUCUCGAUAUUUAGAUGUCAAACCAGAAAUUGUGAGGACCAUAAAUAACAACUAUUUCUUUUAAAAUCGCAUUUACAAAAUGGCAGCUCCUCCAAAUCAUUUUAUGCAGAAUCUAAACAACCCUCCACAAAUGGGUAUGAGGAGUUCGUUUGGACCAAAUCCAAUGCAAACGCAAAUGACACCUGGAAGUAUGCAAAAUGCAAUGCCAUCGCAAAUGCCCGUUCAGCUCUCAAAUCCAAUGGGCAGUCCAAUGGUGCCUCAAAUGGCAAAUCCAAUGAAUGGAGCUAUGGGGAAUCAAAUGAACCCUAGUAUGAAUGGAGGAUCGCCUAUGUUGGGCCAAAUGAAUCAGCAUUACGGUAUGAACAGUCCGAUGAAUGGGGCCCAGAUGGUUCCACAUCAAGCUCCUGCUCAGAUGCCAAUGCAACCGAGACCUAUGGAAUUUGCUCCAGCCUUAAAUCAUCAUGAAAUGCCGCAACAAACGCCAGGAGUCACGCCUACGCCUACUGCAGUACCUGUUCAGCAGCAGCAACAACAGCAGUCCAAAGAGUUCAACACUGCAUCGCUUUGCCGGUUGGGACAAGAAACCGUUCAAGAUAUUGUUAGUAGGACACAAGAAGUUUUCCAAACUUUGAAGCAAAUCCAGCCUCCAAAUGGUACUCCUCAAUCUUCGAAUGCAAGCAAUGAAAAGAAGGCCAAAGUGCAGGAACUUUUGCGCACAAUUAGAGUCCUUUUCAAAAGACUGCGCCUCAUUUACGAAAAAUGCAAUGAAAACUGUCAGCUACAAGGAAUGGAAUACACUCAUAUUGAAAGCCUAAUUCCCUUUAAAGACGAAAUAGACCCCAAGCAUGAUGAGAAGAAAAAUUCGGAAGCUUAUCGGUUAGCUUGUGAAGAAAGCAAGGAAGUCAUGGAACAGGUAGUUUUGAAGAACAAGCAGUUGAAGGAAGUCAUCGAUCAUCUAAGGCGUAUAAUUUGGGAAAUAAAUACAAUGCUAACCAUGAGAAAAUCCUAGCUAGGCCUCAUUAUUGACGCAGACAGUUUUAUUUAAUUUAUUGCUUCCUAAUUAAUCAGAAAUUAUUUCAAUGUUAUUCGUUCAAUCUUUAUUAAUAUAUUAGGUUUUAAUAAAUUUACUGAACUGAGAAAUGUACAAAAAUGUAAAAUACUUUUGUAAAAAGGUUAUAAACAACUUGAUGUAUUUGUUACCAGUAAAGUGAAUUUAUUAUCUAGA